CGAAAACGAUAGACAAUACAACUCGGCGAUCGUUCAUUCUACCAGUAAAUAGUGAAGUUGUCUGUUUCUAAACUAACUCAAACAAAAUUUUAAUUUCGUUUGUGUUUAUGAGUUCGUGAUUUGAACAGUUCAAUCGGUUUACCAGGCAUAAAGGUGUUUGUGAUUUAAUUAAUGUUGAUUGAUGAAAAUUAUAACGAGAACAAAGGAUUUUUCUCUCUAAAAUACAUGUUUUCUAAGGUGAAGUGCGCGUUGUUCAGCGACAGUGGUAUUAUGAAGAGAUGUGUAUUUAUCGCUUUGUAGCGAUGUGUGAAUUAAAUAAAUUGAUUUGAUGGUGGUUUAAUAAAAUUCAUGGUGUUUCCUAAAUUGUUGGUGUUGUUAUCAAAGUAUAAUUCAAAACAUAGGGUCCACAAACGAGCAGACGGAUUCUAUCAUGGUCGUAAAACGUGCUGCGGACAGUGCGGAUUCACCAAUACUGGAGGAGGCCGGUGAGAGCGGGUCGGAACAGAAACCAAAACCACUGGUCAAAUACGGCGAACUCGUCAUACUUGGGUACAAUGGAUUCCUUCCCGCCGGCGAGAGGGGUAGACGCCGCAGCAAAUUCGUGCUGUACAGGCGGCCGCAAGCGAACGGCGUGCGCCGCUCGAAGCACUAUGUGGUGAAGACGCCGCACAGCAGCAAGGCGAUACUCGACGCUAGCCAGCACUCGAUAUCGUACACGUUGAGCAGGAGCCAUGCGGUCAUUGUGGAAUACACGGAGGACCCAGAUACGGAUAUGUUUCAGAUCGGGCGAUCCUCCGAGUCCCCCAUAGACUUUGUGGUGAUGGACACAGUGGCGGGCGACAAGACGGGUGAUACAAAGGUCCUGCAGAGCACCAUAUCGCGGUUCGCCUGCCGCAUCAUUGCGGACCGCAACGACGUGAAUAACUGCCGCAUUUACGCUGCCGGCUUUGACUCCUCGAGGAAUAUAUUUCUUGGUGAGAAAGCGACGAAAUGGUCAGAGAACCACGAGAUAGACGGUCUGACCACGAACGGUGUGCUCAUAAUGCACCCGCGUGGAGACUUCUGCGGCGGCAGCGCGACGUGCGGCCCGUGGCGCGAGACCUCAGUGGGUGGGGCUGUGUUCUCGUUACGGGAGAGCCGAUCCGCUCAACAGAAGGGCUUACCAUGUCAGGCGGAGACAAAUGUACUGAGAGACGGGACAAUGAUAGAUUUGUGUGGAGCUACACUACUAUGGAGAAGCGCUGAGGGACUCAAAAAUUCACCGACGAAACGCGACUUAGAAGCAUUGGUGGACGAGCUGAACGCCGGGCGGCCGCAGUGCCCCGUGGGGCUGAACACGCUGGUGAUACCGCGCAAGCUGUCCACCGCGCACCAGGACCUCAACCAGCCGUACGUGUACCUCAACUGCGGGCAUGUGCAAGGCGAGCACUCGUGGGGCGCGGAGGGCAGCGAGACGGGCGUGCGCCGCUGCCCCAUGUGCAUGACGGCCGGGCCCGUGGUGCGCGUGUGCAUGGGCAUCGAGCCCGCGUUCUACGUGGACGCCGGCCCGCCCACCUACGCGUUCAACCCGUGCGGACACAUGGCGUCCGAGCGGACUGUCAAAUACUGGGCGAGCGUGGACAUACCGCACGGCACGAACGGCUUCCACGCGAUCUGCCCGUUCUGCGCGGCGCCGCUGCAGGGCACGCCCGGGUAUGUGCGGCUCAUCUUCCAGGACAACCUCGACUGAGUCAAGGUUCGCAGAUGUGCGAGACGAACGAAUAAUGAAGGAAACAUCAAUGUGUGACGAGACAGCGACGUAGUUCGGUGUAACUAUAUUUUGUUUCGGUUAUGGGGCCCUCCGACUUUUGAGGGCACAUUCAUGACUACGUUAGUUCACUAACAGCUAAAUUUUGUACCAAAUACCGAUUCAUGUAUAUGGAAUCUCAUUUGUUUACUAA